AUGAUACCAAGGCUAGCUAUAUCAAGAAUUCUGCUUAGAAGCACUUUAGUAGUCCGCCCUAUAACACUUCAAUUUGCAAGAUUUAACUCCGUGAAAACUUUAAAACCAUCUUCAUUUUCAUUACCUAAAUCGGAUCCGACCUUGGCCCAAUCACAAUUAAUAAAACCAGAACAAACAGAUGAGUUCAGUUUGACUAAGCUAGUUCACGGAUCUACUGAUAUGUCUAUUGGGAUAACCGAACGAGCCCGCGAUAAACUUAACGAAAUUGCAUCCAGUGAGGCAGAACCUGACAAAAGUGUCCUUCGGAUCAAAGUGGAAAGUGGAGGAUGUCAUGGGUUUCAAUAUAAUUUGGAAUUAUCCAAUUUGGACAAGGAGAUGAAGGACGACGAAGAUGAUGAAUUGUUUGUUUUUGAACGUGAAGGUGGGAAAAUCGUAUUGGAUGAUUCCAGUUUGACUAUUUUACAGGAUUCCAAAUUGGAUUAUACACAUGAGUUAAUUGGUAGCCAAUUUAAGAUUGUUGAGAGUCCAUACACCAGUACAGCAUGUGGAUGUGGAUCUUCGUUUGAUUUUGAUUUUGAGAAGUUGGAACAAAAGCAGAAAGAAAAGAAGUAA